CCGCCACCACGCCUGCAGGCCUGCGGGGAGAUCGCGAUGGAGGCCGCGGGUCUCGACCUGGGGCGCGUGGGCUUCGUGGGUGCAGGCCGCAUGGCGGAGGCCAUCGCUCAGGGCCUCAUUCGAGCAGGUCCACUUCCAGUGUGAACAGCUUUGUGGACAUUCUUGGGUCCAUCAUCUCUAGAUGCCAACAGCACCCUGAAUGUGAAGCCCAGAUUGUCUCCAACAGGGUAGAACUCUGCAAGGGGGCAUGGGACUGGUAAGAUCUUCCUGGAUAAGGACUGCUGGCAAAGUGGAGGCUAAGCAGGUGAUGGCCAGUGCACCAACUGACAGGAACCUCUGCCACUUCAGGGCUUUGGGUUGCCAGACUACCCACUCCAACAAGGAGGUGCUGCAAAACUGCUCGCUUGUCAUCUUUGCCACUAAGCCCCAAGUCCUGCCAGCUGUUCUGACAGAGGUGGCCCCUGUGGUCACCACUGAGCACAUCUUGGUGUCUGUUGCUGCUGGGGUCUCUCUGAGCACUCUGGAGGAGUUGCUGCCUCCAAACACACGAGUGCUACGGGUCUCUCCCAAUCUACCCUGCAUAGUCCAGGAGGGAGCCAUGGUCAUGGCACGGGGUCACCAUGCUGGGAAUGACGAGGCUAAGCUCCUGCAGAACCUGCUGGAGGCCUGUGGGCAGUGCCUAGAGGUACCUGAGUCCUACGUCGACAUCCACACUGGCCUCAGUGGCAGUGGCGUGGCCUUCGUGUGUAUGUUCUCUGAGGCCCUGGCCGAAGGUGCCAUCAAGAUGGGCAUGCCCAGUAGCCUAGCCCACCGCAUUGCUGCCCAGACCCUGCUGGGGACAGCCAAGAUGUUACAGCAGGAAGGGCAGCACCCAGCCCAGCUUCGGACGGAUGUGCUCACUCCCGCAGGAACCACCAUCUAUGGGCUUCAUGCCCUGGAGCAGGGUGGCCUUCGAGCAGCCACCAUGAGCGCUGUUGAGGCCGCUACGCAGAGGGCUAAGGAGCUCAGCAGGAAGUAAGCCAGGCUCCAGAUGAGUCCAUAAGCUCCUCACAGAGCUAUGGCCUCGGAGUGAUGAGAAUAGCCCUAGGUGGGGGUUGUAGUGCACUGUCCUCCAAACACAACAGCCGUCAUCAUCAGAGCAGCUGUGACCACUGUAAGGGACCCUCAAGAUCAGGCUUGUUGACUAUUGACCCUCCAUCACAGAAGGGGAGGAUGGGGAGGGUUGUGGGACCCUCACCUGAGAUUCUAGCCACUUCCUCCUGCACCUCUUUGCCAGCUGUGUGUUAUUCUGCCCUACCUGCACAUGAGCUCAUGGUCUUGAGGGUGGUAGGUAGUAGCAUAUAUAGACUGUGAAAGGUUAACUAAAGGGAAUCCACCUUUGCAGUGAUGCACACAUCGUUCAUGCAAGUGUGAGCAGCUGCUUGGGGUCACCAUGCUGCUGUAAUAUAACCCCUCACCCAUGCUCUGUAAGCCCAAUAAACUCAACGUACUUUG